UUUAAUAGUGAAAUUUUAUUGUAUUUAAUUGUCAUUCAAUUUAAUUGUUUAUCACUUCGAGACCUCUUUGAAGACAUCUUCGGUUAAGCAAGUGAUUGGUCUUUCACUUAAACCAAUCACCGGUUGCUGUCAUCACAUCCAAUACACCACUCAUUGGUCGCAAACAGCGCUUCAUUUGAAUCUUUUCAAUGACAAUGUCGUCGUCCGACGCGACCAUCGGAUCCAAUGAACCCAAAGAGUCAAUCAACGUAUUGGUGAUGGUAUGCGGUUCUGUGGCGGCCAUCAAAUUACCGCAACUCUUAUCGCAAUUGAGACAACUGUGCGCUGAGAGCGAGAGACGAUUAGUGGCCAUAAAAGUGGUCACAACUGAACCGGCGAUUCAUUUCUAUGACUACAAACAACUGAGCGCUGAGUUUGAGAUCUUAAGGGAUUGCGACGAAUGGAGCCAAUGGUCACAAAUGGGAGAUCCCGUGCUUCACAUUGAGCUCCGAAAGUGGGCCACUGUUGGAGUGGUGGCGCCCAUCGACGCCAAUACGUUGGCCAAAGUGGCGGUCGGGAUGUGUGACAAUCUGUUGACGUGUGUGUUGAGGGCCUGGGAU